CACUCGGCAGACGUGCGCAACUUGUCGCGCUCUUAACUUGGUCUUCCAGCUCGUCUUCCGUCUUCCGCGAGUGUGUGUGCGGGGACCAAAACGACUCCGUGUGCUAGUGUUAGUGAAAUAAUUGGCCUGACCCAAAGUCCCGAGAUGGGUGAACAACACACGGAUACAGACACCUAUACAUACACAGCAGCCAGGGCGGUAGAAGUCUCAGAUCUGACCCCCAACAAAAAUAGAGCAUCAGCGAUAACCCCAGCUAAGAUGCCACGCCCCAGCCUUGUCUUCAUCCUCCUCACACUGGUCAGUCUGAUGCUGCUGACGAUAGACGCCACUCCAGUCUUCGUGGAUAAUCCCAGCUUAGCACAGUUCCAAUCUGGUCGAAAUAUCCGUCAUCUGCCCUGCAUCGUUCGCAAAUCGGGACGUUCGGGAGUCUGUAUGUUUGCCAUCGAUUGCAUCAAGCAGAAUGGCACGCACCUGGGCACCUGCAUUGAUCGGUUUUACUUUGGCUCGUGCUGUGCCAUGAAGGAGGAAGCCUCCCUCUUCGCUCCAGAGAUCAACGACAAUAGCAUUGACCAGAACACCAUUUCCCACUUUGCCCACGAGUCCACCACGCUACCAACCAGCGCCCUCUUCAAGUUAACCACCGAAAGCAGCUUAUCCAGCAGUAGCAGUAGCAGCAGCAGCAGCAGUAGCAGUGGUAGCAGCACCACCCACCACCACACCACCAACGAGCUGCUCAAGAACGUCACCCAAUCCUACCUGAGCACUGCCAAGCCUGCACCUGUUCGCACCACUAGCAACAGUUCUCUCUUAACCACUCGCCGCCCACCGAUGGCACACACCACACACAAAAACUCACACUUCGUGGUUCGCACCACUCUAAAACCCAAUGUGGUUCCGACCACGACGUUGAAUCCAACUAUUAAGCCGCCACGCCGUCGCACCACAACCGCCAAACCGGUGCUGACAACCGCUGCGAUAGUGGAGCAGCGCAUUGAAACCACCUCUAUACCCACCAAGUUUGUGACUUUCCAAAUUGUGGAGACGACGACACCACCCGUGACAGAACCCACACAUCAGCAGGAGACUACAACAACAACGACCAGGCGGCACACAAGGCCAACGGGGAGUAGCUCAGUAGCCAGCAGGACAACCAGCAAAACAACAACAACAACUAGCACCACCACCACAACUACAACGGCUGCUCCACCCACAACAACAACAACAACAACAAAAGCACCAGUUACCACCCAAAGGCCCACACCACCGCUUCGAACCACCACAGCUAAGCCGCAUAAGACGCAUUCCAGCAGGAGGCCAACGCCUGCGAAAAAGCCUACAAAUGCGACAACAACCACCGCCAGUGGAACGCAAUCCACACGGAAGCCGGUAGACAGUCUAGCCAGUAGCAGCACCUCAGCGAAUGCCACCUCAGCCACAACUUUGCCAGCUCGCAGGCCAGUCAUUCAGACAAGCAGCAGCAGCAGCAGCAGCAGUAGUAGCAUCAGCACGUCGAGCUCAACAUCAACAACCAGUGUGUUCAAAGAUGAAGUAACGAAGAACCGGACCACCACAAGGUUGCCAGAGCGCACCACCCAAGCUCCGCGACCCAAACCAAAACCCACCGGGGAAAUUGUCAAAGUGCCUGCUCUGCUUGCUGAACCAACAACCACCCUGACAACAGAUUCAUCCAGCAGCACUAGUCCUUCAAAGUCGCCAGCAAGUAGCACCACUCCUUUGGUGACCAAAAGGAAGCCAACCACCACCACUGCAUCACCACCAACAACCACUACUACAUCCACCACAACGCCGAAACCUACGCGGAGAACCACAACAAAAGCUCCAACAACAACCACCACAAAGGCUACAACAACCACAACCAAGGCAACAACCAGCACCACAACAACAACUACUGCAAAGCCACUGCUCACCACCGAGGCACCCACCAUUGCACCCUUAACAACAACCACCAAAAAGACCGGCCUGAUCACAUGGACAGAUGUGGAGGCUGAGCCACCGACCAAUGCCAGCAUUUCAAACGAUUGGCAGCCAGCACCGCCUCCAAACUGGGUGGCACUAUCCACCCAAGCACCAGAGAUAACGAACAAAACAUCGGCAACAGCAGCACCACCCAGUUCCACCGACAAAGUGGUCAUCUCGGUGGCCACCAGCGUCAGUGAAGUGGAGACUCAUGGUCCUGGCAAGCCGCACAAGACCACAAAGCCACCGAUAUCCACUAUCCCAGCCAAGCCCACAACAAAGACAACAACAACAACCACGGCAGCACCAACAACAACAACAGAAAAAACCACAGAGGCACCAUCGAGCAGCAUAGAAUUAGCCUCAUCUACAUCAUCUUACACGGAUCUCAGCAGUGAGGUGGCAUCGAGCAGCAGCAGCAGCAGCAGCAGCAGCAGUGCUAGCACCACCAGCAGCCCAACAACCACAGCUGAAACCACCGAUUAUAGCGGCGAAGAACCGAACACAACGACCAUCGAGGCUACAGGCAGCACCACCGUGGCACCCGCCAAUGCAUUGGAGGGCGUCGAUUACAAGGAAGUCUGCGGUCGUCGCAUGUUCCCCGAGCCCAGGAUCGUUGGAGGAGCUAAUGCCGCCUUCGGACGCUGGCCCUGGCAGAUCUCACUGCGUCAGUGGCGUACCUCUACUUACCUUCACAAAUGCGGAGCUGCCCUGCUGAACGAGAACUGGGCAAUUACGGCUGCUCAUUGCGUGGACAAUGUGCCACCUUCUGAUCUCCUGCUGCGCCUGGGCGAAUACGAUCUGGCGGAGGAGGAAGAGCCCUACGGCUACCAGGAGCGACGUGUGCAGAUCGUCGCCUCGCAUCCUCAAUUCGAUCCUCGUACUUUCGAAUACGAUCUGGCUCUGCUGAGGUUCUAUGAGCCCGUGGUCUUCCAGCCCAACAUCAUCCCAGUUUGCGUGCCCGACAACGAUGAGAACUUUAUUGGCCAGACUGCCUUCGUCACCGGCUGGGGCCGCCUCUAUGAGGAUGGACCCCUGCCCAGUGUGCUGCAGGAGGUGGCCGUGCCCGUAAUCAAUAAUACCAUCUGCGAGUCCAUGUACCGCUCUGCGGGCUACAUCGAGCACAUACCGCACAUAUUUAUCUGCGCUGGGUGGAAGAAGGGCGGCUAUGACUCCUGCGAAGGCGAUUCCGGUGGCCCAAUGGUGCUACAAAGGGAGUCGGAUAAGCGAUUCCAGCUUGGAGGUGUUAUCUCAUGGGGUAUUGGUUGUGCGGAGGCCAACCAGCCGGGCGUUUACACCCGCAUCUCUGAGUUCCGGGACUGGAUCAACCAGAUUCUGCAGUUCUAAAUGCCGCAGAGGCCUGAUCCUUAGUGAAUGCCUAGCACGUCUUCCCCACAAAACGGCAUCGGAAUCCAACUGAAACUCGGACUCGUGCUCCGGUUAUGGAGAGAUCGGCGGAUCAGAUCAGCCAUAACCCGAGCAACGAUUCCAGUUGCCACCAUUUACCUCCACCUGCCCGCACAGCAACCACUGAACCAGAAACUGAUAUAGCACUUCCAUUGUCAUAAUCGUAAUCUUACACUUAGCGUUGCCUAGCCUAGCCUAGCCUAGCCUAGCCCUAAAAUCUAGUUAGUGAAUGUGAUUAACCAGAGAUCACUGUUGCAGUCACGGCUCAUGUAACGUAUUAAUCGAUUGGACUCCUAAUUUAUUCCCAUUUGCUGUACAUAAUUUUCUAAAUUAUUGCAUAACAUUUACACUUAGCUUUAGUCCUAAACAAUAUUAAUUAAGGGGACUCGACGGCGGUUGGGUCCUUUGGUAGGGCAUCAUUAUCACGUAAGUCGCUUCUAACCGAACCGAACCACGCGGCAGAAGCUAUUGUAAUUUUAUUUUAUAACGUACUGUAAUUAUUUAUUUAUAGCAGCUCAUGCACUACAAAAUUAA